CUCAGAGCUCAGUCUCUCAUUUUCUCCAAUGUCAAUCUCGUUUGCCUCGCUUGUGGAGGAGUCUUCGCAGCUGACGCAGCAGGAGGACGAGCUGCCCAUCAUCGAGCAUGGUCCUGAGCAAGUGGAGCACGUCUCCCGCAAGCUCCUUGCCAAGACCCAGCGGACGCUCGACACCACCCAGCAGACCAAAGCACAUUACUUGCUGGCGACCCGCGGAUUCGAUGCAGACAAGUACACGAGGAAUCUCAACUCGAUUUCGCUCGCCACGUUCGAGCCACUCGAGCCAAUUGGUGACACGGACAUUCAGUCCUUCCUUCGCCACGAGCACGAAAUGCUCAUUCUCACUGCUGUCGAGGAGGCCAAGCGGAACACUGUCUUGCAAUUUAACAAUAACUUUGUUCGCGGGCUCGAAGACGACUGGGAGCGCGUCAAGAAGCAGCUCGAAGCAUACCACCCACGCUUGAGCGUGCUCGAUGCCGUGCCAAUGGAUGUGAAGGCCCGAAACGCUGUGAACGAUUCCUUCAUCAGCCAAACGCGCUCCAGCAGCAUGACCCCCGUCAUGACUCGUUACAGCCGCAUUGUCACUGCGCUCAACGACUAUCGCCUUCAAAACAAGCCCGUGGAUGUCAUGACCCAAUUCCGCAUCAACGCCGCCCAGCAAAUCGAAGCGCAGAGCACGCGACAAAUCUGCGACUUGUGGCAGCUGCUCGCAUGCAUGGCCGGUGAAGUGCAGUACCAGGACGGAAAGUUUGUACGCAGCGCGCAGCCGCCGCAGGAGGGCUCGUUGCAGGACGCCUACCUCAAGUCUGACUUGCAGCUUCGCCGCUCGUUUGUGAUGGGCGCCCGUCACUUCCUUGGUGUUCAGUAUCACGAGAUGAUUGGCACGCAACUCACACGCCUCAAAGUCAGCCGCAGCCAACCGCCAUCGUUUGUGGCGGACGUGCGCAGCUACGUGCAGGCUGUGAUUGUGCCGCAGCUACGGCAGAUGCUGCCCCAUUUGAACAUGUUUGAUCCCGAUGAUUCAAACCUGCCAGUCUGGGCCGUCAUCUUUUACUGCAUGCGGUGCGAGCGCUUUGACUGCGCUCGUGACGUGGCCGCGCUCAACCCGAAGACCAGCGAGUUUGCCAACUAUCUUAACGAGUACCUCAGCUCUGAGGACAACCGCCUGGGACCGCAGUCGUCCAACCGUCUCACCUCGCUCUACCGCAAGGAGUUUGGUCUGCGUGCAUCGGUCCUGAAUGCCGACCCUUUCAAGAAGGCGGCCAUCAACAUCAUUUGCCGCUGCGACGUGUCCCCCGCCGUCUUUGAAGAUCGUGCUUACAUUCGCAACAUUCAAGAUUACAUGUGGAUGGAGCUCGUGCUCACCCGCGAGACCGAAAUGGACACGGCCAACGAGACGCACUACUCGCUGCACAACUUGCAGGCAAAGCUCCUCAAGUGGGCGCCGGCGCACUUUAAGACUGAGCUGUCUUACUUCCACGCGCUUAUUCUCAGCGCUCAGUUCGAGACGGCCGUCAACUUUUUGCGCGACGUCAGUGCUUUCUUUGUCGAGGCGGUUCAUUUUGCUGCCGCUCUGAAUUAUUACGGCCUUCUUCGCGCUCCACGCUCCAUCGAUGCGCCAAUGUUCUCUUCCGUCACUGCCGAUUCUGCGCCAACGUUCAACUAUGCUCAGCUGAUUGCUGGCUAUGCCAACUCGUUCGCGCGCACCAAUAGUGACGACGCACUCGAGUACCUGUUCCUGCUCAACCGCAUGCCCGCUCCAGAGUCCUUGACUUCGCGCAUUCCGAAGUCCGCGUCCUUCCCGCAACCGCUGACUGCCUUCCAUCUUGCCUUCCGGGAUUUGGCUCUCGAAACGAAGGACUUUGACACUCUUUUGCUCAACACGACGCCGGAAGGCGCUGUUCGGACACGCGGUCACAUUAAGCGCUUCGUGCAGAGCGAUAACGAGGCCAAGUUCUUGACCAGGUUGAUUGCAGAAGACUGUCUUGCCAUGGGCAAGUUCGAGGAUGCCGUCCGAUUGCACGAUUUGGCCACGGAUUAUGAGCGAGUGCUCGAGCUGCUCAACCGUGAGCUCCGAAACGUGCUCGUCUCCUCCUCGGGCCACGGCUCACAUCGUGCUCGUGUCAAGGACCUUGCUCGGCAGAUCGACGAGGCAUACCAGAACAUUCCCCACGUCAACGAGCAGGUUGGCACCUUGCGACUGCUUCGUAACUUGAUGGAAUUUUUCGACCUGUUCCACAACCAGCAGUAUGAGCAAGCUCUUCAGCUUCUCGAUGCUCUCAGCCUCUUGCCACGCGAACCUGAGUCGGCUGGCGAAAAGCUCAGCAAUGCCAAGCAAUUGCCGGCCGAGGUCCAAAGCAAUAUUCCGGAACUUGUGCUUGCGGCCAUGACCAUUUAUUUCAAAAUGUUUUUCGCCGCGCGCCAACACCAGCGCUCUUUCCGUGCGUCCGAUGGUGGUACCAACCAGCUGCUGGACGAGUACCGCCGACGUGCUGAUGGUUUGAUGGACUUUGCCGGGCGCAUGUCUGAGGUCAUGUCAGGCACGAUGAAUGCGCGACUCACCAACAUGCACGCGCAAAUGGGCUGAGACGUUAGAUUUUUUGUUACAACAUGAAAAAAGAAGGAAAAAAAAAAAAAACUACAACAGUCGAAUAAUAAAACGAACAAUGCUCCAAAGCACAAACUCCAA